CCGCUUCCUCUUUCCUCCGCCUGCGAACUACAGAAGGCGAUUAAGCGUGAAAUCUACUAAUCUCUCUCUUCGAUCUCACAUAAAUUGAAGAUGACGGAUCCAACACUACCGAUGCGUCUGUUUAGAGAAGGAUCCGAACCCAACGGCGAGAGAGUUCAAUCUUACUCUGAGCUAGGGUACAUCGACGAAAUCGCAAACAGUUUAACUCCUGGAGACAUGGAAAUUCUGAAGAAAUCACAGUUUGGGAAAGUGUUUGAUUUGCCUGAGGGAGCGGCUUAUUCUGGCAAAUUAAUUCAUUUUUUGCUAACGAGACAGCUUGUUGUUAGCAAAAAAAAUGAAAUCUGGUUCAUUUUUGGAGGGUCGCCUAUUCGCUUCUCAAUUUCAGAGUUUGAAAGACUCACUGGUCUAAACUGCAGCAAACCCCCAGCUGUGAAAGAGAGGAAGAGCAAACGCAAACUUAUGCCUGGAAAGUAUUGGUACAAGCUAUUUGACCGCGGUGAUGUUUCUGUUGAAUGGGUUGUUGGUAGGUUGAAGAAACAUUUGGUAGAAGACCAAGAUAUGCGAUUGCGGUACGCUGUUCUUGCUCUCAUUGAUGGUGUUCUCUGCCCAACGUCUGGUAGAACCAAAAUAUCUCCACUUCAUGCAGAGAUGUCAGAAAAUCUAGAAAUCUUUCUCAAUCACCCCUGGGGUACUACUUCGUUUAUGUUGACUCUGAAGAGCAUUAGAGCUAGGGGAGCAGAUAAGCUAAUGAGGAAAUCAACAACUAUCCAAGGUUUCCCUCAUGCCCUUACCCUGCUAUUGUUGCAUUGUGUUCCAGUUAUUAGGGAAUUGCAAUUCCCGGAGGUUGACGAAGAAGGUGAUUCUGAGAUGGAGGAUAGUGACUCUGAAAUCGAGCGGCUUUGGAGUUUGAAGCUGGAUAUAGUGUGGAAGGUCGAUAAGAAGGCCCUGCGCAAUGUCCCCUCUAUUCUAAGUGGAGAUGUCAAUGGCGACCCUUUCGCCACUGGAUGGCUGGAGGACGAAGCUGACCCUUGUGUUGACCAUCUUCUAGAACUUGUACGCGAGCAUCAACACUUCGCUGCAUCAUUGUUUCUGGGAGGCUUGGUGCCUGAUUCUCUGCCCGAUGAUAGGAACGACAACAGCGAUGUUUGUAGCGCACAUGACACUAUCGAUGAUUCAACUCUAGACCACCAAAAUGGCUGCGUUGGUUCCUCAAAAAAACGUAAAGGAAAAGGCAAGUUUCACAGUGCAGACGGCCUGAAACAGUAUGUUGACCAGAAUGACAAGCGAAUGGAGAAACGUGUGUUGAAGGCAAUUGCUGAUUCUGAGGCUCGUAUGACCAAGCUGAUUACAGAAGCUCUUAGAGGUGUGGGGAACCUAAAUGUUAUUGAUUUGAGGGAUGUAGCUGGAAAUGCUGAGCAAUCAAAAAAGGAUGGCGUCAGCGGUGAAGAGGGAGUAGAUGGAUCUGUUGAGAAAGGAAAAAAAACUGGCGAGAAUUGUCAGAAGGUAGUCUUUUCUUCUGAUGAUACAGGAGUCAGUGGAUCCCUUACUCGCACAGAGAACGCAUCUGGAUUUGUUGAAUCUGUCUUAGGAAAUGUCUUGUCAGAACUGAAUGAUGCGUCAUCUCUUCCACCAAUGCCUGCUUCGCAUAGUGCUGCAGGCAGGAAGAAGAGGAAGAGAGGUAAACCAAAAACUGUUUAUAGCGGUGCAGAUGACACUGUAUGUGAAGAUCUCGGUGUCCAUGGGGCUUGUGUAGGAGCCCAAACAGAGGAUGUAACUCAGGAGAACACUGAUGAACCAGCAGAUACUGCCAAAAAUGUUGACCCUGAGACAGAUCUGCACAGGCCAGAUGCAUUCGAAGAUAGUGAACACACGCAUAUACCGUCUCUCUUGGUUUCCGACUUUGAUGUAGCUGCAGCUGCAACCAUAAUUACAGUACCUCAAUCAUAUCUCCGCAUCACAGACGGAUCUGAACUUGAUACGCUUCAUCUAGAAACAAACCUUGGCGAUAAGGCAGUAAAUGCUGAUUCGGCUGCCUUCGUUGAAGAUGAUUUGGGUGAUGCAUCCAUGCUUCUUGAGAGUGAGGCAUGUUGUGUCAUUUUAACUGGCCUCCUCCCCGAGGAGAAUUUGCUGAAGCCAUUGGAACCAGCUCUUCAAUUACCUGACCCCCCAACUGGCACCAUCAAUGAACAGGAGGUUGUAUCAAAGCGCAGUUCUCAUAAUCCUCUGCACACAUCUGAGGAGGUUCUAUCAAAGCGCAGUUCUCCUAAUUCUCUGCACACAUCUGAGGUUAUGGACAUCUUCAUAAAUAGCAUAAGGAUUGAUUGUCAAGCCAAAAGUAGUAUCUUGAAGCGCCAAGAAGUCGCGUUUUUUGAUUCCACCUUUGUUUACGAAUUAUUCAAGCAUUACCCCAAGUUUAGCAAGACAACAGAGAAAGGGAUGUAUGAGUUUGAUCAUGAUCUUCUAGAAUGCACGCCCACUGGACAUCAAAGGGUCUACCUUCCGUUUCUUUGCGACAAACAGCAUUGGGUUGCCCUCUUUCUUGAUAUGAAGGAUUGGAAGAUGGUUGUGUUAGACUGUUUUACAGGAUUAUGGCGUGAACCGAAGCUAAAGAAUGUUCUUUUGCCCUUGGCUGAGAUGUUACCAUACCUGUUUCGAUUUGCUUCAAAAAAAAGUGGGGAAAAGAAAUGCUAUAUUAAGCCGUUUGUUGUGUAUAGGGAGAAAGAGAUCCCGCAGGCUUGUUUUGUCCGUCAUUCAGGUGUUAUGGCUGCCCAUUUAAUUGAAGCUCAUGCUCAUGGCGGGAUUGAUGCAUGCAAGCGUGUGAAGGUUGUUGAUGUGUUCACUGCUGCCAAAAAGUACAUGAUCGCUGCCUAUGAGUUAGCUAAUGGGACUGUUUGACUCUUCCUUUAACUGGAUCUUGGGAUAUAUUGGGAUUGAUGGGUAUGCCUAGUAGGAUACAAUGUUGUUUUGUACCUUACUGAUUAUCUAGCUUCCUUUUGGUAGAUGUCACGCACUUUUUCUAGGAA